UGAAAAUUGAAUCUAAUAAUAUGUGUCUGGCAUUUGGCACAUAAUAUAUGGCAACAAAAGCUCUACUGCCUGCUGCACCUGCCUCUGCUGAUGUGAUGCUGCUGAUGGCGCUGACAGGUCGGCGGAAGCAGAAAUGGGCUGUGGAUCCAAGAAAUACCACGUGGAGUAAUGAUGAUUCCAAGUUUGGCCAGAGGAUGCUGGAGAAGAUGGGGUGGUCUAAAGGAAAGGGUUUAGGGGCUCAAGAGCAAGGGGCCACAGAUCAUAUUAAAGUUCAAGUUAAAAAUAACCACCUGGGACUUGGAGCUACGAUCAAUAAUGAAGACAACUGGAUUGCUCAUCAGGAUGAUUUUAACCAGCUUCUGGCUGAACUGAACACUUGCCAUGGACUGGAAACAGCAGACUUCUCCUCAGACAACAAGGAAAAGAAAUCUUUCAGCCUUGAAGAAAAGUCCAAAAUCUCCAAAAACCGUGUGCAUUAUAAGAAAUUCACAAAAGGGAAGGAUCUAUCAUCUCGGAGCAGAACAGAUCUUGACUGCGUUUUUGGGAAGAGACAGAGUAAGAAGACUCCUGAGGAUGAACCCAGCCCCACUGCUCCAGAUGGCAGUGAAACCUCCACCACAACCACCAGUGCCUUCACCAUCCAGGAGUACUUUGCCAAGCGGAUGGCAGAGCUAAAGAACAAGCCACAGGUCGUGGCUGCAGGGCCUGACCUUCCAGAGACCCAAAUGGAAAAAGGGGAAAAGAAAAGAAAGAAAGAAGCAAAAGAUAAGAAUGUGGAGAAUUACACCCAACCCAAGACGAGGAAAAACAGAGACCAAGUUGAGCAGCAGCUUGGAGACCUUCAUGGGGACAAGAAUUCUGACGCUUCUGCUGAGGAUGGAGAGGACUGUGUAUGGCCACUUGAUGACAAGGACUUACCACCAAAGCCCAAAAAAAAGAGAGAAAAGAAAAAGCUACAAAAGCAAGUUGAGGCAGCAGUGGAUGCUAUGCUAGAGGAAACACCAGUGAAAAAGAAGAAGAAGAAGAAGAAGAAAGGUUCCAAAUAAAUUCUUUCGAGCCAGGGCCUUCCAACCACUCAGGUGUCAGGGCGCUGCCAGGCAAACACCUUGGCCUGAAGUCAGAGCAGGGUUCACCCAAGAGAGUGGGCGCACAUCGAACAUGCCCGUGGAUUGCUGAGUCUCGCCCUCUCGUCCCAUUUUUCCCAAAUCAUAUUCUCAGAACUUCUUAAUGUUCCAAAUCCUGGCUCUCAUGAACAAAUAAAUGUCUUCGUUGACUCUGAGCC